AUGCCGGGCUGGUUCAGAGGGAAUGGGAGCAGAAGGUUGAAGCCCCAGAUGAAUUCUGAACCAAGGCCGAUGAGCAGGGGGAUGGUGAAACCUUGCAACAUGAUACCGAUGCGUCCUCCAAUGCGUCGAGAGAUAAUUAAAUCUGUCCAGAGAUGCGCAUCACAGCGUGCAUCGAUUGAGGAUUUUGCUGUCUUGGGAAAAGUUCGGCAAUUGCCGAGAGCAUGCAGGGCAACUUCUACAUCCAACAGCUCCUGGUAUUCGACCCAGGCACACUGA